AAAAUGCUGUCAUUCGAAACCUGCAGGACUUCUGAGUCUCCCUCCUCAGGCACGUACGUGCUGUCCCCGAUCGAAUGUUUCGUCUGCAACGCCUGCCGACGCCUCUGUGGCAUCUCCCUCGCCUUUUCCUAAACCGCCUGCUCAUACCGAGGAAACACAUUUGUCUGCAGAAAUUCAUUCCCAGCACCCGGCUGUUGCUCGUCCACCUCUUACCCCUCCUCUUAAUCCUCCUCCGUUUCCUCUUUCUCCUGGCCGUGACAGGGAUGGUGGUACCACGUCUGCGACGCUUCCCUCUCCGUCCGAUGAAACGUCACCUUUCCUCGACUUGGAGGUCUGGCGUAUCUCGGUUGCCGGAAUGACGUGUGCGUCGUGCUCAGGAGUCGUCGAGCGCCAGCUGAUGUUGACACCCGGGGUACACGAAGUAGCUGUCGACUUAGUGGGUGGCUGUGCGUCGGUGACUUUUGAUCCCCAGGUCCUGACGACGCAGACGGUCUGCAAAGCGAUCCGGAAACUCGGAUUCCAGAGCUCUCCUCUGUCUUUCCAGAAACGCGUGCAGAAACGAAGAUCCUCAGUGGCCCACUGCACACCUUGCGGAGCAUCCGACGGACGAGGAAGCCGCGAGGCGGGGAACGACUCGCGGAGCUGUGGAGGGUUCGCGCCGGAAACAGUCGACAGCGACACAGGAGCAGACCGGCUAGAGCAGCGACUUUCCCGAGAUUCACAACUCGAAGAAAAUAGCAAAAGGGAGACUGCCAAGGCAGAGCGGGAGACAGACGACGCGGAAACAAAGCGUGACAGCAUCCAAGGGAACACGACGUGCCACCGGAAAGCAGAAGAACCUCGGGGAAAUGGACCUCUGAGGUUGGGUAGAGACGAACUUCACCGCAUCAAUGCUAGGAUCUGGGGGUGUGUGUCUUCAAGAGGAAAAAGCGUUGAAACAACAGAAUGGGAAGCGAAAGGGAAAAGAGAAGAGGGGCGUGAGAUGGGCGCGUUCUUGGAGGCGAAGGCGGGUUUGAGGACAUCCAGUUUCAGAACCACGACGCCAACUGGUAGGCCGCCGACAAGAGUUUCACUCCAGACGCGUUUCGAGAGCGGCGAGGAAAAGCAGGCAACCGCCUCGUUGGUCCUAAACAUUAAAGAAAACUUGGAAAACUUCUCUACCACUUCCUCCACGUCUGCUGUUUCGAUGGCACCGUGGAGUGACGAGCAGGACUUCCGCAAUUCGCAUUCUUGCCGAGAUCUAGAAGAAACAGUUGCCUUUUUGCGCAGGAAGGAAGGUGUUAUCGCCUGCUCUCGAAUUGAUGAAGGAGGAAACAGUGCCCUUCUUCACGUCUGCUACAGUCCUUCGCUUCUAGGCGCAAGGCAGAUUGUCGCCUUCGUCGCGGCACAGGGCUUCCUCGUUACCGUCCAAAAAGCGGAUCCUUUAAGAACCCAGGUCAUUUUCCAUGUUAGAUUCAUAAGGAAGAGGUUCGAGCCCAUCCCAGGCGUUGCACUCUCCAACAUUGUCAUGCUGGUGCUUACCAUUCCUGUUCAGUUUUUCUGGGGGGAUACCUUUCAGCAAGCUGCAGUCAAGGGGUGCAAAACGCGCUAUCCUACGAUGGACUGUCUUGUCGCUCUGAGCACGAAUCUUGCCUUUUUCUACUCGUGCUUUGCCCUCUUGUCGAGUUUUUUAUCCCGGCUGGUUUUCGCAAGCCACAUGGACGACUUUAAGAGGCAUUUCUCGACCGAUGCUGCAACCGGAACAAAGGAUUUUUGGGCGUCCACGCAAAACGACUUCUUCGUGCAUGCAGCUUCGGAAGCGGAAAACGACCCCCCCACGUGCUUCGACGCAUGCGCAACGCUCACCACGGUGUUGCUUAUUGGAAAGGUACUUCAUGCCUACAGAGAGAAGGACGAGGGAGAUAGCGUGGACCAAGACGUUCUUGCUGCUCUUGCGCUUCUCAUUAAGGGCAGUCGGGGCAGACGCUCGUCGCUCUCUUUUGCCUGUCAGCGUGGAACAUUUCAACUGGUGCAGAACAGAGUCACGGUUGUGCGCCUCACGAUUCGAAGAUUCUUGCUGCUUUUGAUUCGGACCCAGUUGCUGCAGCAGCGAGUGAAGGCGCAGGCUCUGAAGACCCUGGAUCGAUUGUUGGACAAACCUCCUGCAAAUGCUGUGCUGGUGGAAGCAGAGGCAAAGGGAAGCCUGUAUGGAAUCGAGGGCACGAAUCCUGAAACACUGCGAAAAGUGAAGAGAGAAAUUCCUGUCGAUCUCCUUCACAUCGGCGAUGUCAUCGAGAUCCUUCCUGGAGAGACCCUUCCUGCCGACGGCUUUCUCUUGAGUCCCUCUUGUGCAAGAGUAGACGAACAGCUGCUCACUGGAGAAGCCAAGUGUGUCUGCAAAUUCCGCGGCGACCAGUUGCUUGCUGGGUCGACGAAUCGUGCCUCGGAACCCAUUCUUUUGCACGUUCACAAAGUAGGCUAG